GGAUCCGGAUUGGCGUUUUCAAUGAUCCAGACCAGGUUUUGCAGACGUCUCCUCUUUAAUAGAGGCUUCGCCUCCACCAACUCUGCGAUACGCAACGUAACUGGCAGCGAGAGUAUAAACUGUGAGCUUCUUGCAAUUUGACUGGAGCCCAACGCGUUGUAUGUAUUUUGUUUACUAUACAAUAGCUAACGUGCAUUUAUCAGCGGUAUAGAAAUCACUACCGUUAAGCUAGAGAAUUUCAUUAAUGCGUUUUCUUUAAUUGCCGAUUUGCGUAGUUUUUCUGUGGCAGCUGCUCCUAUGAAACCCCGAACAACACAGUGGCUAAACUUUGUGUUGUGUGUGAUAGCACUGCUGGAGAGAUUGCUAACACAAUGCACAGCUGACCACUGCAACUGGAGAGGAAGCGGGCUUAGCCGUGAAGCCCAUUCCGGGACGGUCGAGCAGGUCCGUCUGAGGUGCACGGGGGGUUCUGUGGAAUGGAUGUACCCGACCCAGGCACUGCGAGUCAUCCUGGAACCCAACCUGUCCAGUGCGCGGCACACCACGGUCUGCAUCAAGCCUUUCCGCAGCUUCAGCGGCGCCAACAUCUACGUGGAGCGCGCCGGGGAGCUGGACCUUCUGGUGAACGAGCAGGCGGGCCUGCGGGAGCGGGUGUACUGUUUCAGGGCGGACAACACCCAGCACGCCGCCGUCUUCCUGCAGGCUAGCCCCCAGCAAGACAUCAGCCGCCGCACCGUGGGCUUUCAGUACGAGCUUCUGAGCAACCACAGCUGGAAGCCCGACUUCCACAGAGUGGCUGAGAUGGAAGCUGUCUGUCGGCCCUGUAACAACACAGAGCUUCUCAUGGCUAUCUGCAGCAGUGACUUCGUUGUGAGGGGGUUCAUCAGGGCUGUGUCUCACGAGCUGGAUCAGCAGGUGUCCCAGGUGGAGGUGGGAGGGGCGCGGCUCUACAGGCAGAAGAACACUGCGUUCCAGCAGGACCAGGGCAGCGGGCGCUGGGGGGGGCGGAUCAGGACUCCGCUGCGGUGCCGGGUGAAGCUGGGGGAGGGCGACUUCCUCUUCACUGGCACUGAGCACUUUGGGGAAGCGUGGCUCGGCUGUGCCCCCAGGUACAAGGACUUUGUGAGCGUGUACAGAACAGCCAGAGAGACCAGGGCCAAUCCAUGCGAGUUUCCACUGGACUGAGCCGAACCACCUGGAGCUGCAGGGGACACCUGCACCAGAUCCACACAAGACAGGGCUUCUUUUAAAAUGCCUCAGCGGGACUGCACUUUCCUUUUUUACUUACUGUUUUUUAAAGAUUAACAUUGAAAAAAAAGUGUAGAAAUUUAGAAAUGAUCAAAGUUAAAGCACUGAGCUUGUAUGAAAAAUGCAUUCUGCAGGAAUCCUGGUUUCGCUAUGAGUUUAAUCAGACACACCUGAGCUUGUUACCUACACACACUGUGGCUAAUCAAGCUUCGUAGUAAAACGUGGAACAGGUGAAACUGCAGUUCAAUAGGAGUCUUAUUUCCAUCCCUGAUUCUGUGCAAUAUUUAAACAGAGGGUUUUGUAACUGCAUUUGUUUUAUGACAAUGUGGCACGCCACUAUACUGCCACUGCAGUUCUGUCUGUAGGAGGGAUGCCCUGUGCACCCACACACAUGUCUGUAUAUUAUUACAAAGCUGUAAACUUGCAUGUGAAAUGAAUGGUACAUUGCAGUUCUUUGUGUUUACUACGUUCUGAUGCUUAAGUAAUACUGCCUCGUGAUCUACGACCUUGCUUUUAAAAGCUAUACUGUUUUUGCACACAGGGUUUAUCCGAUGAAUGAUUUACUAUUGAUGAAAGUGAGGGUGGAGUGCCUUUUACAUGCUAACCUCAAAUUGUAGCAUAUUAAAUAGGAACAGAUUUUUUGUAAAAUGUUGCACUAUGAACAAAUGCUAAAACCUGAGCCGUAGUUGACGUUAAGCUGUGAUUUGUAUUUUUUUCUUUGUACUUGUAGAACAGCACACUAACAACAAUUCUGGAGCUGUGUUAUUCUCUUAAUACUCAUUGUCAUGUGUUAUUACAAAAUUUAGCAAAAGGCAUAGUGCCCUAUUUAAAUACUUCUGCGUAUUGUAAUAAUGCAUUGCACUGGAUAUUAUUCUCAAACAAGAACUGUAAAAACAGUUAAUAGAUCAAAUCCAAAGCUGUCCCUUCACUUUAAGAAAGGGAACAUUCCUGUGUGCGCUGCAUUGUGAAAUCCACUGGUCAGAUCCCUUUCUAUUUCACCUGUCGUUCUGUACCUGUGCCACUCCUCCUCACUGGGGCGUGGCAGAGCCUCGCUCUGGAGAGUGGAGUUAGUGUUCGAUAAGCCUUGUACUGAACGUGUAGAAAAAACAGAACAAAAUACUAACUUUGGGAUCAGGUAGAAAACAUGUUAAAUCAUACAAUGUGCCAUUUUCUUCUUAAAUAAAGACAUUUCAUUUUGGA